AUGUCGAAACACCGGAGAUCGCAUUCGCCAACAACUGGAAGUAGCGGGUCUACGUUCAUUGACUUUGAUAUCGACGAAUCUCAGUAUAUUCAAACAUUCGCAGAAAACAAGCCACUUACUAAUGAAGAUGCUGCAUUACCCAAACAGGAUUACUCGAGGUUUUUUCUCUUAGUUCUACUCUACUUUAUCCAAGGUAUUCCGAUUGGUUUGGCAUUUGGUAGUGUUCCAUUUUUACUUAAAUCCAGCAACUUGUCGUAUUCUCAAGUUGGUCUUUUCUCAUUAGCAACAUAUCCAUAUUCGUUGAAAAUUUUUUGGUCUCCAAUAGUCGAUUCAUGCUACAUUUCGACAGUUGGUAAAAGAAGAUCGUGGAUCAUUCCAAUCCAAGUUGUUUCUGGACUCUCGUUGAUUUAUUUGGGUAAUAAAAUAGACAUUUGGAUGUCCGAUGAUAGUUUGAUUUUAAGAAAUCUAUCUCUUAUAUCUGGAUGCUUCUUUUUUUUGAUUUUGUUAUGUGCAACGCAGGACAUUGCAGUUGAUGGUUGGGCAUUGACUAUUUUGAGUAAAAAUGCAUUGAGUUAUGCUUCUACUGCUCAAACUAUCGGUUUGAACACGGGAUAUUUUGUUAGUUUCACUAUUUUCCUUGCUUUUAACUCCAAAGAUUUCAUGAACAAAUACUUCAGAAAAACUCCCCUUGAUAGAGGAUUUAUCUCGUUGGGAGAAUACAUGGUUUUGGCAGGGUUGUUGUAUUUAGCCAUCACUGCGUUUAUUGUUAUAUUUAUACCGGAAAACCCACCAGUACAUAAAUCUGAUGGUUUAGAAUAUGCAAAAGAUGAGGGUGAUGACUCAAUUAAAACGGUCUAUCAUAAAAUGUUCCAGGUUUUCAAACUAAAGAACGUACAAACGUUUAUUAUACUGCACCUGAUCUCCAAAAUUGCUUUCCAGGCUAAUGAGGGUGCAACUAACCUAAAACUACUAGAUAAGGGCUUCUCAAGAGAAGAUUUGGCUAUCACAGUUUUAAUAGAUUUUCCGUUUGAAAUUAUUUUUGGUUACUAUGCAGCACAGUGGUCUAACUCGGCUAGGCCUUUGAAACCUUGGUUAUAUGGCUAUCUCGGAAGGAUUUUUGCGGCGGCUUUGGGACAAAUCUUGGUUUGGAGCUUUCCAAAAAGUGGUAAGGUUGGUUCGACUUAUUUUUUAUUCGUUAUAGUUCAACAUUUAUUGAGUUCUUUCAUGUCAACUAUUCAGUUUGUGUCAAUUUGCUCGUUCCACACAAAGAUAGCAGAUCCAUUAAUAGGCGGUACUUACAUGACAACAUUAAAUACACUCUCGAAUUUGGGAGGUCAGUGGCCUAAAAUAAUAGCUCUUUACUUGAUCGAUUCUUUCUCUUCCUCAAUCUGUGUUGAAAAUGCCUUUGCACCAGAUUCAAAAUCUCGGGCGAACAUAUUUAAAGACAAACCAUAUUACCAAUGUUAUCAGAGUGAUUUGAAAACACAGUGCAUCGACAAUGGUGGUUCCUGUAUCUCCAUUAAAGACGGUUACUAUACUACCAACUUUAUAUGUAUUGUGCUCGGCUUGGUGCUGUAUUAUGGAUGGAUAAGAAAAACUGCAAUGCACUUAGAAACACUACCUAUUGGUGCUUGGAGGGUUAAAGAAAAGGGAAACAAAAACGGUAUUCGUAGUCAUUUGCCAUUAUAA